AGUCAGCGCCUACGCCAGUAAGACUUGUACUCAUUGAAGAAAGCUGACAUACGAGAAUAUGAGAUCGAACAAAAUUUUUUGAAAAUGUCGCUUGCCAAGGACCUGAUGCACCCUGCCUUUGAGGCUGAGAUGCGAAAACACAAGAAGAAGAGACUUGUGCAGAGUCCCAACUCCUACUUCAUGGAUGUCAAAUGUCCGGGGUGCUACAGGAUCACCACUGUGUUCAGUCAUGCCCAGAGUGUGGUGCCCUGUGCUGGUUGUUCCUACGUCCUGUGCCAGCCCAAAGGGGGAAAAUGUCGUCUAACUGAAGGCUGCUCUUUUAGAAGAAAACAUCACUGAACAUUCCUAUGGGAAGCAAGCUGAAGAUAAAUCUGUCUCUCUGCUGUCUCCAUUGCCAGUGUGGGGCCAAUCACUUCACCAUGAGAAGUCAAAAACAUUGAUGGAAAAAGUACUGAAUAAAGAGAAAGUUUGGUGAAUGGAUCUUGAGGACCAUGAGGCUGUGCAAGCAUUUGCACAAUGGGGUCAAGUUAGUUGUCCCUUUUACGUUGUGCUUGCCAUCCCAAUGCAAUUAUAAUGAAUUCCUAACACAAUGGAAUCACAGCCCCCUUUGUGGAAGUAACAUCAAUUGCUAUGUUGUUGCAGCAUUGCUCUUGCCCUGCAGUGAUUGCAUGGUUGUAUCUCGGAGCAAUUUAUCUUGGUAAAGAAUAAUUUAAAAGCCAUUUAUUAAAAUUGUGGCCUUACAUUU